AUGCUCUAUAAUCAGGCGAGAUAAGGAGGAUUAAUAGAAGGCAAAAAGGCAGUAGACAUUUUCAAGCUAGCUAAUGUUUCUUAGACUAUACUUCGUGAAAUAUGGAAUCUUUCUAGUGUACACAAAACACCCCAUCUUGCUAAGGAUGAGUUUUUCAUCUUUAUGAGAUAUCUUGCUCUUGCUUAACAAGGAUAUUCAGUAACUAUCGAAAGUAUGAGGAUGAAUAACUAAAAGGUUGAUGGUCCAAGAUUUUAAGGGAUAUAAAUGCCUCCUCCAUUGCUCCAAAAGAAAGAGUCAUUUAAUCCAUUUGAAGAUGGGGAUAAUGGGGAUGAUGAAGGAUUUGAAGAUUUUUAGGAGGCAAAAUCAACUAACAGCAGCAAAGUAACAUCCCAAACGUCUUAAAGCAAUAAAAUUCCAACAUCUCAUUUGAUAACAAAUCAAGCUCAAAAUAUGCACUAAUUAUAGAACCCCUCUCAAAAUAUUACUAGCCAAAGUACCACUCAAUCUGUUGGAAUAAUGGAUCUUCUUGAUCUUAACUUCAAAUCAGCUGUUUUUAGUAUGGGUAAUAAUACAAUGGUCUCUUAGCCUCCUUUACAGUAAUAACUUACAACAUAAAUCACAUAAAAUUAGUUUAUGAACAAUAAUUUUUAGAGUACCUCAACUCAAAAUCAAAAUUAUUAACCUAUUACUAGUAAUUUACUUGAUCUUCUUGAUAUCACUCCACCUCCAAUUAUUCAAGAAAUUGAACAACCUAAAUUACAUGAAGAUUUAAUAUUCGAGUAAAUGAAAAAUAUCAAGUUCUAGCCUUAAUAAAAGACAGUGCCAUCAAAUAUCAUCAAAUAAGAUUUUCAAGAAUAAAAAUCAGAUGAUGAGGAUGGAUGGGAUAAUUUCUAAGAUUCAAAUAAAGAGCACGAAAAAGCAACUUCAUUAAUAGAAGGAAUCCAAGUACCUAAAUUAAAUUAAAAUUCUGAAUCUUUAAACCCCAAAAAUAGGAUAGAUCUUAUAAGAGAUGCAUUUGCUGAUAUAUUAGAUGAAAAGAUUUCAGAGUCAACUCUUCAAUUUAACAAAGAACAGAUCAGUUAACAACCAAAAUAAACUACCUAAUAAACUCAUAGUACAUAGUUGAUCACAGAUUUCCAAUCUAAUAACUUAAAAAUCAAUGAAUUAAAUCUGAUUUAAAAUGAUGAAGUGGAUGAGGGAUUUGAUGAGUUUGAAUAAGCUGAGCCUUAGAUUAGCAUUACUUUAGUUAAUUCAAAGAUUUAAAAGCAAGAUGAUGGUCUAUUAAAGAUAGAUGAUGAAUUGCUGGGAAUAGAGGAUACACCCCCAACAAUUGCUCAAAAGAUAUAAUAACCAGCUUUUAUAAAUGAUCUCCUAAGUCUUUACAGUGCUCCAUCCCCUGCUGUAACCUAGACAUAAUCAUAAAUUCCGAAUCAAAACUUACUUACUGUAUUUCCUUAGCCUACCAAAAGCAAAAAUAUUUUUCAAAAUAAUGAUAACUCUGUCAGAUUUGAAGAAGGUGAGGUUUUAAAAUUUGACAAUAAAAAUGAAGAAGAUGAGGAGAAUUUUGAUGAAUUUCAAGGGGCUGAAGGGUAAGUCUCAAGCAUACCAGAUAUCUCAGAUAGCCGCCAAGAUUCAAAUAUAUUUUCUAACAGUAGAUAAGACAUUGACAAUGAAAAUAGCUUUACAGAGAACUCUUAAGAUUAUGGGGAUUAAAAAAACAAAGAUGGAAAAUUCAAACCAGAUAGUAAUUGGCUUCAAUAGCUAGCUUAAUAAACUAAUAAUGAAAUCAACAAUGAUUUUCAUUAAAAUAAUAAUAACUAGUUCGAUUAAGAGCCUAAAAUCUCUGAGGAAAAUGAUGAUGAUGAGGGCUUUGGUGAUUGGACUGAUAGCAAUCAAAAUAAUUAAAAUGCUUAAGACGAUAAUCGAAGAGAUAAUUAAAAUCAAAUCUAGAUGGUCAAUUAAAAUAUCACAAAUAACAAUAUUCUUGAAUUAGACGAUGAUGAUGACUCAGGGAAUAAAAGCAAUAAGCAUGAUGAGCUUUAAGUAGAAGUAAUAGAGGUUUAAGAAGAGCCACCAAAGCCAAAGAUAGAAUUAAAUGAAAAUAAUCUACUUUCGGGCUUUAUGAUGGAGUUCGGUAAAAGCCUUGUGAAUAAGCAUGCUCCUGAACUCUAAUAAUAAGCUGAGAAGUAAAAAUAAUUAAAAGAUUAAUUGAAUGAUCUCGAUUUUUAAGUAGAAAAAAAGGCAACUGACUAGCACACCAAAAUAAAGACAACAUUAUUUAACUAUGAAAAUAAAUAUGAGAUGAAAGAGAGCAUUCUUAGUAGGAUUAACAAAUACUAUCUAGGUAACUCACAAUCUGAGUCAUCAAUUGAUUACUAAAAUAUGAGUGAUCAGUAAAUUGAUGCCCUGCUAAAUGAUUAAAGUUAGCUAAAUACGCUAUAGAGUUACCUAAUAAAGCAAUUAGAGCAGUCAGAAUAAGAAGUCAAAUCUAAAUUUAGCAAUCAUCUCUAAAUUAUUGCAAAAAUGGAUAGGAAAAAUAAGAAAAAGAUAAAGGCGGCAACUGAUGAGGAUUUUGAAUUAGCAGCUAAAUAUAGAAAUCAAUACAACUAGCUAAAGAAUUAACUUCUAUAAGUUAAAAAUAUAAGAGAAAUGUUAAAUCAUAAGCCUAUUCUAACUGAGAAGCAGCUAUUUGAACUUGUUGUUAAUUGUGACGAAAAGUUUCAUUUCUCAUAGAAUCUUUUUAAGAAUCAUUGCUCUAAAAAACUAGAAAAAUCUGAUAUCUGCAUUUAUCUUAUGUAAGUUUAUAACCAAUAAAUUUCAUAUUCUUAUAGCACCUAUCUAACAUAGAUCAACAAAGGAAUGUCAAAACUAAAGUAAGAGACAGACGAAAUCAUUAGUGCAAUUAAAAUUGAACUAAAUUAGAUUUAAAGAGUAGUAGAUUAAGUAGAGGGUCUCUAAGAUCAGAAUGAAAAUGAUAGUAUCAGCGAGCUUACAGAAAACACUAGAUUCAUAAGAUUUUUCAAAGGAAUUUUAGUGUUCAGAAGAAUUGUAAGAAUGCAGAGAUUCAAAUUAGUAGUAGCUGAGAUGUAAGAGGAUGAUGACUAUUUAAUGGAUAUUGAGGCUUUAAAGCAAGAUUCUCAAAUCUUAGAAGAAGACUUAAACUAAAAAAUAUCAAGUUUGUCUAGUCUUAACCAAACUCUUAAAAGAAUCCUUGAAACUGAUAUGAGGUAUGAAUUGAGCAAAGUUAAAGAUUUGAAUGAGUUGCUAAAGUCAAUGAAGGACAAAGAACUCAGGCUGAGUUAAAUCAGUGACAAUACUUGUAAUCUAUGCUGUCAUUCAUUUGAGAUUUUGAACUUAGAUGAUAACUUUAUUUACAAUAGCAAGCACUAUCAUCCUUUCUGCAUAAAUUUCUGGCUCAAUAAAGUCACCAAUAAAACUCUGUGA